CCCGCUCCUACAGGGGGCGCACGAGGCCCAGACCCCACCAAAUAACGUGCUUCCGCGCAAGAAGGAGGGGUGGGAGACUGAACCUACAGAAAUUGUAUGCGUCAUUAAGAUUCUGAGCUGGAGGUUCCAUUCCUAGCGGUUUCUGUUGCCGGCGGCUCAGAGUCGAAGGGAGGUAAGGCAAAUAUUGUCAGUGGAUGUAGAGGGAAAUGGGCCUUUCCGGCAGCGCAUGUUAUCUCGGUGGUUGUUUUAAAGUUCGUUGUGGUUAACGGAUGGAGGAUGCAGUCGCUGAACGAUCCGUGGAGUGAAGGUCUGUGUGUGCAUAUUGAAGGGCGGAACGAACGUUGUUGCUUCGUUACGGCAGGAGGGACGAUUGUGAGUGAAGCAUCAUCUUCCAUCCCCCAACAACAAGUUGAAGGUUGUAAAGUUGGGACGACAGGGAACUGAUCCGAUGGGAGCUGUGCCUUCCUCGGUGCGACUUCUUUGGGCCGCUCUGCUGGUCGACGAAUUGCUUGUUCAAUAACCUGGAAAUUCAGAAUAAAGGCUUGAGGUGCAUAAACCUAUAAACGGAUAAAUUAGAUACGGGACAACCGAAGGCACCGUUAAGGUAAAGAACAAGUGGUUUGGAGUGGAAAGGAAGGUGAAGGAGGAGGAAAUCAUCCAGAAGCUGGGUGUCUGGAACUCACUGCCUUAAACUUUGGUAGAGUUGACAGUGCUGUGAAGUAGGAGAUUGUUUCAGCAAAUAAAAAUGCCAGCAGGGGUGUCGUGGUCUCGUUAUCUGAAGAUGUUGGGGUCGAGCCUUCUAGCGAUGUUUGCAGGAGCAGAGGUAGUACACAGGUACUACAGGCCAGAUUUGCAUAUACCAGAAAUUCCACCUAAACCAGGAGAGCUUAAAACAGAACUGCUGGGUCUGAAAAACAAAGUGCAAACUCACACUUCUGAACAUUAAAAGUGGAAAAAAUUCAAAGUUUUUAAACUUGAUAGUGGAUUUUUUAAAAUAUACAAGCAAACACUUGAUAGUUUAAGAGCGUACAAUUCUUUCACCUGGAUUAAAAGGUUAGCUGUUGGCUCACUGUCCAGAAGAUGAUGGCCUGCUGAUAUCUAGCCCCAAUUAGUGAAUUCUUCAGACCUUACAGCAGAUUGAGAAACUGCAGGAUUGUUUUUGUCAUUAUCUUGCAAUGUAAAUAUUUAACUAUGUUGUCUUUAAGAACAGUUUCCAUUUCAUUGAGUAUGGGUUUUCAAGUUAAAACAUUGUAAUUUACAAACUUAAAUACUUGACAAAUAAACUGAAAAACUUUUGA